AUGGCUGGCGCAUGGCAAUUCCUUCUGGCCGGUGCUGCCCUUGCCGCAUAUUUGCUGGCCUUACAUCGAGAGAACCAAUGGACCAAGACAACCCCCAAUAAUGGUUUACUUCGGUACCUGGGCUUCUUCAACGCGGAACGCAUUGUUCUUACGUCUCCGGAGGCGCUGCACGAGGUUCUCGUCACGAAAAAUUACUCUUUUCCCAAGCCAGCGAGCCUUCGAGAAACGGCAGGGCGCUUCCUGGGCCUUGGGUUGAUCCUUUCUGAAGGCAACGCGCACAAGACGCAAAGGCGAAAUAUGAACCCUGCAUUUGCCCCACGGCAAAUCAAGGCACUGUAUCCGCUCUUCUGGGACAAGGCGCGGGAGAUGGUUGAAGCGAUCACAGCGGAUGAGGCUAAGAGCAACAAUGGCACGAUAGAGGUGGUGAAGUGGGCGUCGAGAAUCACUCUCGAUCUCAUCGGGCUAGCAGGUCUUGGAAGGGACUUUGGCGCGAUACGAGACGAGAAGAACGAGCUGGUGCAGACAUACAAUAUCAUCUUUCAGCCGUCCCAUCAGGCUCGCAUGCUGCAUCUCAUCGAGAGUUUUGUACCAGCGUGGGUACUCAAUGCCCUGCCCAUCAAGCUGAAUUCCGAUAUUGGCCAGGCAGCUGGAUCGAUACGCGAGUUGUGCAGGGAGACGAUUGCGGCCAAGCAGAGGAAGCUAGCAAAGAAGGAAUUGAACGACCUGGAUAUUUUAUCUUCAGCCAUCCGGACGGAAACAUUUACCGAACACGAGCUUAUUGACCAGGCUAUGACUUUGCUUGCGGCUGGUCACGAUACGACGGGUUCGGCAUUCACAUGGGGCGUCUAUUUGCUUGCUCGACAUUGUGAUGUGCAAGAUAAGCUAAGGCAGGAAAUUCAACAACGGUUACCACCAUUGGAUGCGGCAAAUGAAUCACUGAUUUGUAGCGUCGACAUCGACUCGAUGCCAUAUCUACAAGCCGUAUGCAGCGAAGUACUUCGCUUCUACGCUCCAGUACCACAAACUCUCCGCGAAGCAGCCCACGAUACUACCAUCGUCGGUCAAUUCAUUCCGAAAGGAGCCCGAAUUAUCGUCGCGCCGUGGGCUACAAACCGUGACCCGCGUAUUUGGGGACCAGAUGCGCACAUCUUCAAUCCAGAUCGUUGGUUGUGUGAGCAGCAAGAUGAUGACGAACAUAGUGGCGACAGCAACAAGGACUAUGGCACACGAUCCAGCGGCGGUGCAUACAGCAAAUACGGAUUUUUGUCGUUCCUGCACGGGACCCGCGCGUGUAUAGGCCAGGGCUUUGCCAGGGCGGAAUUAGCAUGCUUACUGGCGGUGUGGGUUGGGAGUUUCGAGUUCGGGCUCCAGGAAAGUGCAUUGAUGGACGAAGGUAACCUAGAUAUCAAAGGUGGACUAACAGCUCGACCGGCGGAUGGUCUACACAUCAAGACUACGAAAAUAUCCAGACGGUGCUCUCAUUGA